AUGACGAAGAAGUUGUUGCUACUCAUCUACAAUGAAAAUGACGAUUCUGCUAUCAUGUGCAACCGAGCUGGUGCGCAACCGUCAACUGCAAAACAGAGAGCUGCUACUAGUAGAAAAGAUGUCCGCCAUUGUUCGUGCCACUUGGUUGUAAAUUUCUUCGAAAAUGGGACGGUUAAUGUCAAAGGCUGCCUCGGUCAUGUAGGGCAUGAGCUGGACCCAGCUCUGCUGAGAUUUUCACAUCAGCAAAAAAUGUAUCUGAAAAACCUGCUUGAAGAGCACUCUUUGGACUAUAUCAUCAAUCGUCUCCGUAAAGAAGACCCGACGAAGUCUUCUAAACUCUCAUUUGUGGUGAAGAAGGAUCUCCACAACAUAAUAACGAAGUACAAAUUAGCACCAGGAUGGAGACACGAUGAUGAUGUCACUUCUCUGCGCCUUCGUUUCGAGGAAAAAAAUCCUGAUGAUGGGAUCAGGUGCUUGCAACUGCCUGAAGAUCCGAGUGGGAAAGGUUUCUUAAUGGGUGAGAAGAUUAGCUAUUUUGGGACCAGUAGGCUACAUCAGCGAAAAAAGGGGGAAUCUCUUUUGGCAAUAUCCACUCUUUACCGUGACAAUGACACAUUUCACACAACCAGGUACAACUUAAGAUUGGCCACCCUGAUGAUCACAGAUGAUAAAGACCGUGGUCUUCCCGGAGCUUUUCUUCUCAGUGGGACAAUGACUACAGUUGAUGUCCAGAGGUUGUUCAUCGAAGUAAAAAAUUUGUUGCCUGAUUUUUCGCCCGCAACGAUGGUGACAGAUGAAGCACCAUGCUUCUACAACGGCUUCCGCGCCGUUUUCCCAGGAGCACACACACGCCUACGUUUCUGUCGGUUCCACAUUUUGCAAACAUGGGAAAGGAAAACGAAGGAACUCGUUGAGGCUUCAAUGCGCCCGAAGGUCAACGGUGCACUCCAAGGUCUCCUUAAAGAAGUGCAGCUAGAACGGUUCCAAAUGCGUUUCGGAGAAAUCCUAGCUUACCUUCGCAGAUUUGAUCAGAAGCUAAUGGCGGAAUACCUCGAAAAGAACUACCUUGGAAGAACGCCGAGCUGGGCCUCGUUCGCUCAUAGAGGUGCCGUUCUCGAAACCACCAUGAUAAGUGAGAGAUUUCACUUGAGGAUCAAGGAUGAGUUUCUUCACCGAAACGCUAAUUCUCGGCUCGACGGUUUCGUAGACCUUUUGAUCAAAUCAGUUGAGGAUCUUUCGGAAUCUCUGGAAGUGAAGGAUCGCCGUCGAUUAGCCGAUUCCGCAUUUAGACUGCAAGAGACCCAUAAGCGGCAUAGAGCCGCAGCAGCUCUCUAUGCCACAAACCCUGAGAAGGUGGUCAACAUUGCGGAAUAUAAGUGGGAGGUGAAGAACAGAACAGGCACAAAAAGUUUCGAGGUGACAUACGAAGGGCCAUGCUCAUGUCACACAACGAACAACAUCCACUGUCUCACUUGUGGUGUUUGCGCAUAUGCGUGGAGCUGCACAUGCCCGGAUAACAGAAGUGGCAUAAGUUGUCCUCAUAGGCACGCUGUUAUAAUAGUGAGUCCUGACGGAUUGUCUCUGGAAAGACCAACAACGUCGACGGAGGGAAUGGCUCCUUCACCUUCGGAGCCCCACCUUGAUGAACCCACUAUAUCAGCACAGGAGCGCCGUGAAGCGCGUUACCACAAGCUCAGUGCUAUCAAAAGUACAUAUGCUGUGGUAGAAGCCACCGCCACAUCGCUGGCUAGGCUUGACACAGAUGAAGCAAUGGAACAACUGGAGGAGAUUCUGUGCCAUAUGCAACUCGCAGCAGGAGUUGCACAGCCUCCAUCGUCAAGCACCCUUGCCGUCCGUCCUGAGCUGGCUCAGACUGGGGGCAAGCCGCAGUUGACCAAAAUCCAGCUGUACCAGCGUGGAAAGGUGAAAAAAUCAAAGAAGCCCGUCGAAGACCUUCACGAAGAGGUUAGACGAUUAAGGGAGUCGCCCUCAGAAGAAGGAAACGAAGAGUGA